AUGCGGCUCUCGUCGGGCCCGGUGGCGGCGGCGGCGGCGCUGCUCCUGAUCGGCGCGCUGCUGCCGGCGCGCCCGCGCCGUCCCGCCCCGCCGCCCGCCGCCGCGCCGCUCUUCAUGCUGGGCCUCUACCGCGCCCUGGCCCGCCAGGACGACGCCGAGGACGGCCCCGCGCCGAGCCGGACCGCCGACGGCGCCGACACCGUCAUGAGCUUCGUCAACCUGGUGGAGCUGGACAGAGGCAUUUUCCAGAAGAGGCCUUACUGGAAAGAAUUCAGGUUCGACUUAACUCAGAUCCCAACAGGGGAGACUGUCAUGGCGGCGGAAUUCCGAAUCUACAAGAUGAAAAGUUACACCUGCCAUGUUAAUCAGACCCUUCACAUCAGCAUUUACGAGGUCAUCCAGGAGCACCCAAACAGGGAAUCUGAGCUCAUGUUCUUAGACCUUCAGGAAUUUCUGGCUGGCCUGGACGGAUGGCUGACCUUCGAUGUCACAGCUGCUAGCAACCACUGGUUGUUGAACCGGAAGUACAAUUUGGGGUUGAGACUUUACGUGGAGACAGAGGAUGGAGAGAGUGUGGACCCCGGACUGGCCGGCCUCUUGGGUCGCCACGGACCACGUUCCAAGCAUCCCUUCGUGGUGACCUUUUUCCAGGAGAGUGAAAACCAGGUCAGGCUCCCUCGAGCAGCCAAGCAGGCCAAACGGCGGCCCAAGAAGACCUACAGCUUCCCACACUCCAACAGGCUCCCAGGGCUUUUGGAUGAUGUCUAUGUUUCUGAGCAGAGCCAGGUCUGCAGAAGGCACGAGCUGAACGUCAAGUUUCAAGAUUUUGAUUGGCUGGACUGGGUGAUCGCCCCGCAGAGUUAUCCCGCAUUCUACUGCGAUGGAGAGUGUGUUUUUCCCCUGAAUUCCUCCAUGAAUGCCACCAACCACGCCAUUGUCCAGUCGCUGGUCCACCUGAUGAAGCCCGAAGCCGUCCCCAGGGCCUGCUGUGCCCCCACCAAGCUCAGCGCCAUCUUUGUCCUCUUUUAUGACAGCAACAACAACGUGAUCCUCAGGAAGAAGCGGAACAUGGUGGUGAAGUCCUGCGGUUGCCACUAAGGCUGCGGCCGACCCAGGACCUUUCUGGGGGACCAGGGUUGCUGCCUGCUUCUGAAAAGACAGC